AUGGAGGUGGAGAAUUUGAUGGUUGUGGCGACGAUUACCCAGUUGGUGGAGGUUACGAUUCGUAAUCACAUUUUGUUGGAACUCCACGACCAGAGCAAAGAUAUCAAAGGUCCCGGGUGGGUGUCUGGUUUAAGGCCAUCGAUGUCGCUGAUGCGUGGUGGUGGGAGUGGGUUACUGGUUAGUGGGAGUGGGUUGGGUCUCACGGCGAAGGGUGUUAAAGAGUUAUUGAUCAUUGAUCAGAAAGGCAGUGGGAUGGCCGUUGUGGCCGAAGGAAGUGCUGAGGUUUCUGGGGUGGAGAGAUUAUAG